UUUACAUUUAAAAAAGAUGAAGAGUGCAAGAAAGUUUGCGUGAAAUCUUAUGACCCUCAGAAGCCAGAAGACAAAAACAGACUGGAUUUUUUGAAGAAGGGAAUGCAGUUGAAUUACCAGCAUCACUGGAUUAUAGAUAACAUGCCCGUGACCUGGUGUUACAAUGUGGAAGACAGCCUUAAAUACUGUAAUCCUGGAUUUCCUGUUGGGUGUUACAUUGCAUCAGAUGGCCGGAUAAAAGAUUUCUGUAUAAUGAGUGAUGAGUUCAACAAGAAGAACACCUUCUACCUCUUCAAUCACGUAGACAUUACAAUCACCUACCAUAGUGGCAAAGAUGAGAACUGGCCCGGAGCAAGGCUCGUGGCUGCUCAGCUGGAGCCCAAGAGCUACAAGCAUACAGAUGUAAACAAUUUAUCCUGUAAGGGUCCCCCUAUGGAAAUUCCUGCAGAAUUUAAUAGCAAGCUGGAUGUGAUCUAUACAUACUCUGUGAAAUUUGAAGAGAACAACAAUAUAAAAUGGGCAUCCCGAUGGGACUACAUCUUGAAAUCCAUGCCUCACACCAACAUUCAGUGGUUCAGCUGGUUGUCCGAGUUUGACUUCCACCACAAAAGUUUCAUGUUAUUACAGGAAGACGCGCAGGAGGAGUUCGGGUGGAAGCUGGUCCAUGGAGACGUGUUCAGGCCGCCCCGGAAAGGCAUGCUGCUCUCCGUCUUCCUCGGCCAAGGGACGCAGAUUUUUAUCAUGACGUUCAUUACUUUAUUCCUCGCCUGCCUCGGUUUCCUCUCACCAGCCAACCGGGGGGCUUUGAUGACAUGUGCUGUGGUGCUCUGGGUUUUGCUGGGGACCCCGGCGGGCUACGUAUCAGCUCGAAUGUACAAAAGUGAGUAUCUUGUUGUGUUGUGACUCUGCAGAAGUUUG